AUGGCCUCUUCUUCGAUCCUCGUCCUUCUGGUCGCUGUCUGCGUCGCCGUCUUGGCCGAUCAGCCGAACUUUAAAGGUUUUCAGCUUGGAAAUUAUUCAGUAAGCUUGAAUGAGUUAUCCGAACAAUGUCUCUCUAGAGAAGAACUCUUUGAAUAGUUUUCUCAUUUUUUUUUUCUCUUUUUAUGAAACUUCUAGUUUCUGUAGUACCACUUAAAUACAUGCUUCUAAAAAGGAUAUUCUCAAAAAUCUUAAUAUGCGAGGAUGAAACGUAGCGGUUCUUUCAAUUUGCAACCGACCCGAAACUGUUUGCGCUCUGGAGCAUCAGUAAUAAUUAUAGUAAGCUUUGGUUAGUGGCGUGAACUCGAACCGCGACGCUUUAAUCCAUUCCAAAUGCCUCCAUAAGCUUCGAAUUUCAAGUCCAAUAAGGUAUUAAACCCCUUUUUUCGUAAGGAAGCGUGAAAUUUAGGUUUUAAAGGAAAGAAACUUGAGAAAUCUGGAGACGGAGCUUUAUCGAAUAUAAGGAAGUUCCCUGCUUCAGUUUGAUAUUUUCAAAAAACUGACUUUCUUCAUGAUUUUUUUAUAUAACCCCCAACUUAGUAGCUAUCUUCAUAGACGUUCCUCUACAGUAUCCAAAAAAAAAGCUUCAGAAAUGGCCGAGAAGGGCCUGAAGGAGUCCGGCGUCUCCGAGUCGACCAUCGAAGGUCUUGAGAAGAUCAGCGAGAAGCACGAGGUUCAUUUUGCUACCUUUUACCAUUUGAAUGAGUUUGAGAAUUGCAGGAAGCCCUGAAGGCCGCCAAGGGCAACCCAGAAGCCGGAAAAGUCGCCAUCGAGGCUUUGAAGGCCGACGUCGACGCCUACAUCGCCACCGUCUCCGCUGAAGACCAGGUGUGGGAUUCGUCAUGAAUGUCGCCUUUGGAAUGGCUCGCUGUGUCCCGGCGACCGACUCGAAACGACUUGCGCGCUGGGGUAUCUUAAAGCCCCAUUUUCCAACCGCAAAGCGAACACCACAUAUCGAGCCAUUCCAAAUGCGACCAACAGUUUUUUGACGCAGUUUUUAAUUAUAAGACAUCGGGUAGACUUUGAAAAUAAUUAUUUUUGAGCAAGUUUCAUUUUUGCAACGUUAAAUGGCCUAAUUUGGCAUUUUUGGCUCAAUUUUUCACUUUUUGAAAGUUUUCCCAAUAGGAAAAGGACGUGUAAAACUGUAAAAAAAAUAAGAAAAAAACGAAUAUUUAAUAAAAAAAUCGACAUUUCAGGCCGCUUUCAAAACUUUCCAAGAAAAGGUCAAGGCCCACAUCGCCGAGCACGCCCACGAGCACCACGGCCCUCAAUAA